UCUUUUGUUAAGACAGUAAGAAAUUCAUACCAUGAAUAAAUUACAUAAAUAAGAUAUUAAAUAAGUUCAUAGUUAAAAAUUAGUUUGAAGAAAUCCAGGGUAAAAACCGUUAUAACAGUUUGUGGUUUACAUUUAAUCCGAGUGAGACAUCUCUUCUCUGUUAAAUGUGUUUGUUAUUUAUGUGAGGUAGUGAGUGCUCUCACUUUGACAAAAUCUUUGACGUAUUUUUUCUCUGGGAUAACUUGCUCAUGAAACUGCUCGUGUUGGAUUGUAGAUUUGUUCUUCGCGCUUCUGCUUUGGGAAACAUUCGUCUUUUUACAAGAUAAAUUAAGAAAUAUUCAACCGGAUUGGUGAAUAAAGGUUCUUCCGAGAACACAAGAAAAGAAAGCCUUGUGUGGGGAACUUUUUUCUUUAAUUGUUCGCUGGCUGUCUAGCAGCACAUAGGCACGUGGUGUGAGGACAGCACAGUAAAAAGACGACUACUCAGCGGGCUAAAGCAUACAGAGCAACAUCCAUCAACAUGAGUCUUCGGUCAGGAAGAAAUUAUCUGAAAGACUACGCUGCUGAACAGCAACAGGAAGCUACCGGUGAUGAUCAACAGCCAGAAGAUGCCACUCAAGAAGCUACGACGCAGCAACCGUCUCAACCAUUGGACACCAUGUCGCAGGUCUCCGGAGCACCCACGAGAAGGUCUCAACGGACAUCCUCAUCUUCAACGGGUUCCUCUGCAGCAAGGGCCUACGCCAAAGCUCAAGCAGCGAGAGCUCAACUGGUUUAUGCCAAAAAGGAAGCCAGCAUGAUGAAACAAAAAGCCGAAUUGGAUGCACAUCUGCAUAUCCUUCAGUGCGAAAAAGCAAUAGCGGCAGCCGAAGCAGAGGCCACGGCUUAUGAAGAAACAGAGAAUGAAAGCGGGGAGCUUCACAAAGAACUUUGUGUGGAUGCUGAACCCUUUAGCAAUGUGCAGCGUACCAGUGAGUAUGUUAAACAACAAUGUGACUUAUUCUUUCCAGAUAACCAGCACAAGGCAGUACCCCCUCCUGACAGAAAUGUCGCUGCAAUAUGUAUGCGAGACAUUGCACAGGUAACCAAUCCUGUUACAACCAACACUCAAACCAACCCACCAUCAGGAAACAGGCUAGUUAAGCAGGAGCCAUUAGUAAAUACAUGUGGCACAAACAAUGCUCAGGAUUUUGCAAACUACCUCAUCCGCAAAGAGCUAGUAAGCACAGGGCUCAUGCAUUUCGACGACAAACCCGAAAACUAUUGGGCAUGGAAAACCUCGUUUAUGGAUGCGACCAAAGAGCUAAAUCUGUCGCCCAGGGAGGAAUUAGACUUGUUAGCGAAGUAUUUGGGUCCAAAAUCAUCCGAACAGGCUAAACGCAUUCGCGCUGUACACAUCCUUAAUCCAGCUGCAGGUUCUUUGAUGGUCUGGCAGCGCCUUGAAGAGUGCUACGGCUCACCUGAGGUUAUUGAGGACGCACUCUUAAAAAAGGUGGAGGACUUCCCAAAACUAACAAAUAAAGACAAUGUUAAACUACAAGAGCUUAGCGACAUCUUAAUGGAGCUACAGUGUGCUAAGCAAGAUGGCGCUUUACCAGGACUAGCAUACCUGGACACAGCUCGAGGAGUCAGACAAAUAGUUGAGAAACUACCCUUUAACUUACAAGAAAAAUGGACAUCUGUAGGAACGCAGUACAAAGAGACCCAUAGAGUGUCGUUUCCCCCUUUCUCAGUUUUUACUCAGUUUGUUCAGCAUCAGGCGAAAAUGAGAAACGAUCCCAGCUUUAUGUCUAGUCCAAACAGCCACGUUCCAUCUCAUGCAGAAAAACUGAGACCAUAUAGCCGCAAAACUACUGUGUCAGCUCAUAAAACUGAUAUCACAGCAGAGCCUAAUCAAAGUAGUCUAAAACCAUUGGAGGAACCGGAUCGACAGUGUCCGAUCCACAAAAAACCACACCCACUUAAAAAGUGUAAACUUUUCAGAGAAAAACCUAUUGGGGAAAGGCAGGCAUAUCUGAAAGAGCACCACAUCUGCUACAGGUGCUGUGGGUCAGUCAGACAUAUUGCAAAAGACUGCAAAGCAACAGUUAGGUGCACAGAGUGCGACAGCUCGAAACACUUAUCUGCAAUGCACCCAAGUUCUCCUCCCGCUCCAGAGAGCGCUGCACGGGAGAAUUUUGUACAUGAAGAGCAAAAUGAAAAUAUGUUUAGUUAA